UCAAACCACAAAUGCUCGUAUGUAUAAUCAAAUUUGAAGCCAAUUAUAUUUUCGUCUCAAUGAUAACACUUACUUUUACACAGCUCUAAAGUAGGCCGCUCAACAACGUUACGACGGUUCAACUUUUUUAACAGGCCAGAGAAGUAUUCGUCAAUGAGAACAAAUUCCUUGUUUGAAUAAAAUAUAUUUCGGCUCCAUUAGCCCAAACCCGAUAUGGACAACUUAGUUAACUAUUUUAUAUCAUUACUUCUGAUAAAACUCUGCCUCACUUUGUCACAAACUUCAGGCAAUUCGGAUGGCCAAAGUGACUACUCGAAGGAAGACAGUUCUAUUUGCAUGUUCGAUGUGAAUCAAUGCCAGGUGCCUGGAAAGUACAGACAACUGAUGGAGUGACUGGACUCUGUGCAAAUCAGUGUGUACUAUUUGAAGCAGGAGAACAGCUGUGCCAGCUGCAUGCUCACACCUGGGCUCCUAUUCCCCACGUCAUCGCAGCAAACAUCCAAGAUCGUCAUGUGUUUAACCGGUACGCCCGACCAAGUUUCCUUCCGAGUUCGGUCAGGAGCCCAUAGUUUCAGUGGGACUUCAUUUGUGGAAGACGGUUUCAUAGUAGACAUGAAGAGAUUCAAUCUCAUCUCAGUUGACGAAGAGAGAAAAGAGGCGGUGAUUGGGGUCGGAAACCGAGUAGGCGAAGUGUAUCAGGCCCUGGAGCAGUUUGAGUUACUCAUGGUUGGAGGUGACUGUCCUGAUGUGGGAAUCGGCGGUCUUCUGUCAACUGGGGGGACCGGCUACACCACCCGCAAAUAUGGUAUCGCCAUAAACAAUGUCAUCAACUACGAAAUCGUCCUAGCUUCCGGAGGAAUUGUCAACGCAUCUUUCACAGAAAACCGAGAUCUGUUCGACGUUCUGCGAGGAAGCGGUGCCUCGUCAUUUGGGAUCGUAACAUGCGUAACUGCAAGCCUCGCGCCGCUUGAAGCCAAAUAUGCACUGGUUGAAAUUAAAGUACAACCCAGUUCAAUGGGCGAGUGGCUUCAAUACUUCUUUUCCAUUGCAAGUUCCCUGGACGAAAAUGUUAUGUUUUUAUACUCAUACUUGAUGCCAGAUUACAUAAUGAUCCACGGAGCAAUCGCAGGAAACUCUUUCUUGAACAAAACUAAGCAAGCAGAAAUAGUCGACAGCAUAAUUGACGGAGCAGAAAAGAAGUCGGUUACUAUUAUUGAAAACAAAGUUAUCGAGGUUUCAUACUCUGAUUUGUACUUGCACACUUAUGGUGCAGAUGCGCUUAUAAAAGCGACAACUCCCAAAUCGACAUGGAAGAGAGACUUCAGAGCCGAUGAAAACGAUGGCCAUGUUGGUAUAAUGAGUGGGUUCGUGUGUUCUCAGGACGUUCCUUUAGGGGUGUUCGAACAACUAGAAGAGCAUUACUACAACCCGGACACAAAUCACAUUUUACAGAGUUACCAUCUAGGAACAAACGUCGAGCUAUUCGGGGGUGAACAAUUUCCCGAUGAUUCUUACGGAAUCUUCAUGGGCAAAGGAUGUCAAGGUAUUGUCACAACGUACCCUUCAAAAACAGAUGACCAGGAAACAAACGAUGAAAUCAAAGAGUUUCAACAAGGAUUUUGGGAUAUUUUGCGACCAUAUACAAACUAUUCAUAUCGAGGUUAUGAAGAUCUAUCUGAAGGGCGAUCUGAUAAUGGCGGCCAGGUAGAAUUGAUGGAGUUUCAUUACGGAGAACAGAAAUAUCAAGCGAUGGAGGUCAAGACCAAAUAUGACCCGCAGAAUUUUUUCAAAAAUCAAAUUUCAAUUCCAACUUUAGAUUGCUACGAACAAAAUGUUUGUCUGUGAGUGUCUGUCAGUGAAAAAGGUUAGCACUGUUCUUAUGAUGUAACUUAUACUUACUCCGAAGUAAUGCUCACAUGUUUUUGUAAAACAGUGUAAAACGUGAUUUGUCUACUCAAUUGUGAAACUCUAAAUAAAUGUGAUAAUAUAAUUCAA